AUGUGUAUCAAGAACAUCUACCACAACGUCUACGUCGACGGUGAGAAGGACGUCACUGAGCGGGUUGACGCAUGCCGUUCUGGUCACAUAUGUAGCGACCCCAUCGUGCGCGAGUUCGACCGCAAGAUCAACUGCACCAGACUACAGCUUUCUGUCACCCCUGGGCGGACGGACUCUCCCUCUUCGUCGCUAAAGGACAGGCAGCCAACGCCUUACUACUUUGAUCAUCGGUCGUCUCCGUCUUAUGGAGAGAGUGACAGGGAACGACGGCGUGAGAAGCGUGCCAGCCAGCAGCGGCUCUACGUCGACGGAGACCGCGUAACCGACUAUGGCGUGCGCAGGAGCGGCUCCCGCCGGACUGAGCCGAUCCCCAUCCCCAAGGUGCGUCGGUCAUCGACCAUGCCCGUCGACGAUGGGUAUUAUAGCGAGCCAAGGCGUGAGCACCGGUCACGGCCCAUCAUUGUCGAGAACGGCGACCGUUCCCGCCGUUCUUCAUCAGCACAACGGCGGGAGUCAUCUGCCGUUCCCUUGGGCCCUUACGACGUGCUAUAUAACUAUGGCGCUGGAUCUUCCCGACGGGACCGUGAGAGGCACGCCCGGGACUCGUAUCUGGAACCAUCACGCUCGCAUCGCCGCCACUCAAAAUCGCCCGUGGAAGUCUAUGGAGAGCCAGAUCAAUACGACCGUGAACGCCGGCGCUUGAGACGUGCGAAGCCUACUAUCGUCGAUGGCCCUGCUACUACCGGCAUCUCCGCCGAAGCCAUCUAUGGUUCUUCCCCUUUCGGAGGGUCAUAUGAUUCCUCGUAUGGCUCACACCCGUCCAACGACCCGUGGACUCGCCAUGCCACAUACGGCACCCAGACACCACCAGACAGCCGCGCUCCGGCUGUCAAGGGCGUCCGUUGGGAUGAUGACCCACGCGCCGCUCAGAACGCCAAGAUAAACAGCCGGCCUAAGCUCAGCCGUUCUGCGACCAUCACUGGAGCCGGCACUGGCUCGCACCUCCACGGUGAGGUGAAGGGGAUCCUGAAGAACACCAACUCCGCCACCACCUAUGGCACAACCGCAGCGGCUGGUUCUGGUUCCCCUCCAGCUGUCCAGCCCCUGCAACGGGAGGAGCUCGACGACCUGUACAAGUCUGUCCGGGGCAUUGGCGUCGAUGAGCGGGAGACAGCGGCACAGCGACAGGCCAGGCGGGAGAAAGAAGAGCGCGAUGAGAGAGACUAUCGCGAUCGCCUUAUGAAUCGGUUCAGCCCUCGUGACCGGCGAUCAUCAUUUGAUAUGCCGCCCAGGCGUUUUACCGUUGAGAAGGGAUCAAGAGGAGGCAGGAGGGCCGAGGUAUUCUACCCCGACGAGGGCAGGUACAAGUACACCCAAGGGUACUGA